GACUGUGGGUACCGAGGGCAGCAGCCAUGUCCGGCUCCUACGAUGACUCCAUGGUCGACGUCUCCAGUGACAGCUUCUGGGAGGUGGGGAAUUACAAGCGGACAGUGAGGCGGGUGGACGAUGGCAGUCGCCUGUGUAACGACCUGAUGAACUGUCUCCAUGAGCGGGCGCGCAUCGAGAAGUCCUACGCACAGCAGCUCACAGAGUGGUCCAAACGCUGGAGACAGCUUAUAGAGAAGGGCCCUCAGUACGGGACCCUGGAGCGGGCGUGGGGUGCCCUGUGCACGGAGGCGGAGAAGGUGAGCGAGCUCCACAUGGAGGUAAAGGCAGUGCUGAUGGGGGAGGACUUUGAGAAGCUCAAGGUGUGGCAGAGGGACUACUACCACAAACAGAUGAUCGGAGGCUUCAAGGAGACCAAGGAGGCUGACGACGGCUUCCGCAAGGCCCAGAAACCCUGGGCCAAGAAACUGAAAGAGAUGGAGACGAUGAAGAAGGUGUACCACGGGGCCUGUAAGGAAGAGAAGCUGGCCACCAGCCGGGAGAACAACAGCAAGCUGGAGAACAACAGCAACCCUGAGGCCCAGAAGAAAAUGCAGGACAAGGUGGAGAAGUGCCAGCAGGAGAUGGAGAAGACUAAGGAGCGCUAUGAGAAGUCUCUGGAGGAGCUGGACAAGGUGACUCCCCAGUACAUGGAGAACAUGGAGCAGGUGUUUGAGCAAUGGCAGCAGUUUGAGGACAAACGCAUCACCUUCUUCAAAGAACUUCUGCUGGAAGUCAAGCAUCACCUCGACCUCUCCACUAAUCACAAAUUCCAGACAGUCUACCACACGUUGGAGGACACUAUCUCUGCUGCUGACGCUGUGGAGGACCUCAAGUGGUUCCGCUCCAACCACGGUCCUGGCAUGCCCAUGAACUGGCCCCAGUUUGAGAAUGUGGACUGGUCCCGCUCCUCUAGGUCCAGAAGGUCCAUUGUAGACUGGUCCAUAGAUUUGAACCGUACACUGAGUCGCCGAGAGACUAAGAAGAAGCCCUCCGAGGGAAUCACCCUGACGGGCAUCAGCCAAAUGGAAGAGCAGCAGGCAGCCAAGAGCAGCAGCAGCCUGACUGUGCCCACAAGCACAGAGCCGGUGGGUUCAAACCCCUUCGAGGAUGACGACGAGGAUCUCCAGGGGACCGAGAAGGAACAGCCCGCUGUCGUCAACAACAACAACCGCAGCAGUCCGCUCAAUGUCAAAAAAGUGGAGGAAGUGAAAACCGUCAGUAGUGUGGAGAAGUCGCAAGAGUGGUCGGAUGAGGAGACUGGGGUGAACCCGUUUUCCAUUGAGGAUGCCAACGGCGAUGGGAACCCGUUUGAGGUGGAGCCGGCGUCCUCGGGGGUGUCUGUGGCCGUGCGUGCCCUCUACGACUACGAAGGACAGGAGCAGGAUGAACUCAGCUUCAAAGCAGGCGAGGAGUUCACCAAGAUAGGAAACGAGGACGACCAGGGCUGGUGCAGAGGGCGCCUGAAAGACGGCGUGGUGGGCCUCUACCCCGCCAACUACGUAGAAGACAUCCAGUAAUGACCGAGCGAGGGACGAGGAGGAAAACGAGAGCAAGGAUGGGGUGAAGAGGAAAAAGAAAGUGGAGGAGAUGGGGCAGGAGGGUGGGCAUGGUAGGCUUCGCAUUCGCCCCUCUCACCGUCUCCCCCUACGUGGGAGUGAGUGAGUGAGUGAGUGAGUGAGUGAGUGAGUGAGUGAGUGAGUGAGUGAGUGAGUGAGUGAGUGAGUGAGUGAGUGAGUGAGUGAGUGAGUGAGUGAGUGAGUGAGUGAGUGAAAGGGGUGGCAGAAGGAAGGGGUUUGCCCAUCGAAGAGGAUGAUGUUGUAGCUCUCUCUGUUGUAUCUUCCUGGAUCCCAUGUCGUUAAGCACAAAUCUUCCUACAACUACAGCCUGCCCUCAUUGUCAGCCUUUAUGAUGGGACACCCAGUACAGAGUCUAAAGCCAGCUACAAAAGCAAAUGUUACUUAAAGCCAUUACUGUUACAGAAGAAAAUAUAUAAAAAGCUAUUUGAAACAUGUAACCUUCCAAUUGUAGCUUGAAGUUAUGAAGACGUUGAAAGAAUUAACCGAUUUAAAAGAUGUGAACAGACAUGGGAGAGGAUAUACAUGUGUCCCAUUCACGAGGUCUAGCACAUUUUAGAUUUGAUUUGAAACUGAUUGGAGACCUAAAAGUAAUCUCAGUUGAAUCUUUUAAUUCAUUUUUGUCAUAGACAAUUGGUGAUACAUAUUUUUUGUUUUAUAGAUCUGAUUCUAUUGUAACAUCAAUUUGCAGUCCAGGAUCUGAUUUGGUAGUCUUAUGUUGAAAUAAGGGGAAUUCCUAAUUGUAUGUUAUUUCUUGCUCUGUUUUGAGCAUCCUUCACCCCAUCCUUUUGACAGUAAUCAAGGUUUUAUUUUUUUCUCCACAUGAAAGCCAUUUGUCUGAAAUAUCAGAACCUACAACCCUGUUUUCUUAUUUGACUUUUCAAAUAUUUUGAGAAAAGGGCUUGGAAUUCAUGGCAGUGCCGGUUCAGAACAAUUAUCUUUCUUAUCUGAUGCUUAUAGUUCAGAUUUGUCUUGUUAUGCCUUUUUUUGUAUUUUAAAUCUGAUUUGUGUUUUGCUCAGCGAAUAGUUGAUGAAUGAGAGAAACCGAGAUGAUGAAUUCUAUCCAGUUCUUCCACCGUCACCAACCAGCCUGGUCUCAGAGCAUUUCAUAUUAUUCUGUAAAUGCUCUGAAACCAUGUUGCGCCAACCCACAUUUUAACAAUAAGUGACGCACUCAGAAGUUCUCCUGUAACCUUUACCCCUCAACUUUAAUUGAUUGUAUAUUCUUUAAUUGUUUCAUUGUAUCGGCUCACCUAUUGAUUGUACACGUUUGCUGGUCAUUCUAGUAUCAGGGACAUUCACCAGGGCACAUAGGGCUCUGGCCAAACGUAGCACACUAUGUAGGGCAUAGGGUGCCAUUUGUGACAGCCUCUAUUCACUCAAUUGACUUCACAUUCUGUUGGUAGAUUCUUACAUCGUGGAUGUUGUUUUGUCUUUCCACACUGAAUGCUUGGCAAUAAGGUGUGUCACUUGAAGCUAGGAGCUUUAGCUGUAGCUUGCACUGGAUGUCCAUUCAAAGCUUUGGGAGAAUAUACUUUUUUUUUGUGGCAGCAAAACAAUGUUGCACGUUCAGCAAUAAAAACCACAGCUUUUACUGUUUUUCACAAACUAGAGGGUCCGAUUUAAUAAAAGUAUGUUUGCAUGUAAAUAGCGAGGAACCUAUGAACAAAUUUAAGCAGUUAUAGAUUAGGGAGUUGUGAUUUAAAUUUCUAUUUGGAAAUCAAAGACUGUUAAUUUAUAAGAUGCCUUAAGUGCUUUUGUUCUCUGUCAGAUGAAAUGCUGUGAUUCGGAAACAAAUCCAUUUGUACAAUAAUUGAAUGUUUUAUGGCGAAUGUCUCGUGAAUUUGCUGUCUUGUUGCGUUUGUAAAUAUAAUGUAGUAUCUCCAGAGGGGCCAGAGCCUACUUAUGAUUAGUAAUUGACAAAUAACUGUGAGAUUAUAUUUCUCAUUUUCUUUUAAAAGUGAAUGAUUGACAAACACUCCCUUAAACGCCACCACAUGUGCAUUACCAGUAUUGGCAAACUAUCUGUUAUUUAGGACCUAUCCCAAUUCCCAUCUCGAGUAUAGGUUUCUCCUAUUGGGAGUUGACGUUAUGGCUCUUACGUUGUUGUGAGUACAUUAUUUAGCAAACACUGUUUACGCAUGAUGCUCCUGGAAAUAUCCCCUACAUUUUAUGCCUACAACCGCAUAUCGAAAGAAGGAAGAUUGAUUUGGUUUGAUAUUAGUUUUCUGUCAGUGUGAGAGGUUAUGCUGUGCGUUUCAGGUCAUGAGAUGUAUAUCAUUGGUUUCAGGUCAUGCCAUCAACAGAACACUGCAGCACACUUUACUUGCACAACUCAGUUUGCCAAUGUUAUCCCACAGCAUACAUUAUAAAUGAAUUGAACAAAAAGAGAAGUUUUACUGUUGUCAUUCCUUUUUUUUUCAAUUAAACAUACAGUAUCAAGGAUAAUAGAAAUAAAUUGAUUUUUUCUA